GGCAACAGUCAAAAGCAAAAGCUCUCUCGUUAUCCUCAGAGCGCGAGUACAGUAAUUUCGACAAAUAAAACAGCUGUUUGAAUAUAAAAUCUAACAAAUUGCUACAGUUGGUCGAGUUUUAGUAAAUUUACUUGAAAAUGAGCGUUAAAGACAUAUAUUACUCUGAUAAAUAUUACGACGAUGCAUACGAAUACCGGCACGUCGUCCUUCCAAAAGAUGUUGCGAAACUAGUUCCAAAGACCCACCUUAUGACGGAAAACGAAUGGAGGUCCAUAGGAGUACAGCAAUCCCGUGGCUGGAUACAUUACAUGAUCCAUCAGCCUGAACCGCACAUCCUGCUUUUCCGACGACCAAUCCCAAAGGUUGAAUGAUGCAGGUUAAGUGUGGAAACAACGUCUCGAAAUGUAUUUUGUUGAAUUUCUUAGAACAUUCUGAAUAUCUUUGUAACAAUCCCGAUCAAGAACUAAUGGCUAUAUCUAAAUUUUCAUUAAUGUUUCUCCGUUGUCGUGAUUAUUGAUUCAAAACUUUCGCUAUAGUUGAAAAUCGAAGUCUCAUAAUUGUGAAUGUGUUUUCUUCAGCAUCAUGUUUCAAUCACUUAGGAAUAAGAGAAACUAUUUUCAGGAAAAUGAUUAUGAAGGUGUCAUUUAGAAACCCGUCGAAGACGAAGAUAGCGAAUAAAGAUAGGCAGGCAGCGUUAGGAACAAAACCAAUUGUACAAAUAGUAAUAACUUGUGCCACCACGCUCGUGUCUCAGCCAAAACAACACAAAAAGGUGUUUGUGCCUUCUCUCUGUCUAUGAAACUAAUGGAAAAAUAUUUAUAAGAUUAUUUUAAUAAUAUAAUAUUUUAAAAUCUA